CAAUUUCUUACUCCUUGGGUUGACCAUCUUGGAAAUCGACAUUGCAGCCGAUUUUUUGUCAACGACAGCUGGGCAACAACUGUUCACCAGACGAGCGAUCCGGUGACAAUCAACAUGGCUUCUUCAGCCGCCGGAACUACGCCCGUGGCCCUGAAUGCGCUGACCGACACGACCGUGACCCUCAUCCAACAGCUCGAGACGGUGCUUCUGGCCAUCAACGGCGGCAAAGACACUCCUCAGCAGACCGACACCUCCUCCGUCGACACCUUCCCCUUGGCCCGUGAUUCGGCCUCGCUUAUUAAGGCGCACUCAACCAAGAUUUCUGUCCUCAUCAUCAACGAGCCCUUCACACCCUCCGCCAUUAUCAAAGUCUUGCGCGAGCUCGUCAGCGGGCCGAUUCCCGGUGUCGCCACAGCCGCCCAGGCAUGCGACGCGGAACGCUACACCUCGACUGUCCGGAAAGAUCUGGCAUGGAAGUGCUACACUGUAUUGAAGGAGCUUAGGGGGCUGGUGGAAAAGAUCCCUAGGGAUGGCAAGAUCCUUUCGGCGGCGCAAAAGUCGGGUUCUGCGGGAGCUGCGGGCAAGGGCAGCAUGGCCUCCACGGGUGUCAUCUGGUCCGCCUGCGAUGAUUUGAUGCAGUUCUCCAACGGCGGCGUUGGUGGAUGCUUUAUCAAGAAAGUCGAGGAAUUUAGAGCGACUUUGAAGGAUGUCAUGGAGGAACUCAAGGAGUGGGGCGAGGAGGAGCCCGACGACGACGAUGACGACGACAACGACACGGACGGUUUGGAUCACGAUUCUGCGCUGGGUUCCAUGAUGCCUUCGACCCAAGAGAUGAUUGACGACAUGAUGUCUGGUCAAGGAACGAUCCCUCGCGACGACCCCGACAAUAUCCGCAAUCGCCUCGAGUCUUGCCUGAAGCGUCUGAGACUGACCACGCUUCUCUACCAAGCCAUCGUAAAGAGACGGUUGAAGACUCUUCCCUCGCUUCCUUCUGAGAACUCCAAUGUUCCUAAGCGACUCGACGAGGCGAUGCGCAUUCUCAGGAAGUUGCCCCACAUGUUUGACGAGCUCGCUGGCGCAUUUUACGAGCUCUCACCUGACGAGAUUGACCGGGUCAUGGAUCUCUGCUUCAACGAGAUCGUUGCCCUUUCUGAGUUGCUGAAGUCACCAUGGGCCGGGGAGAAAGACGAGUUUUCCGAAUGGGCGGUGAAGUUCCAAGCCGAGAUCAAGAAGGGCUGAACACCUCAUAUCAGCCUGCCCACGAGCAUGGGUUCACAUCGUAUUUAGAUGCACACGGGAGCUACGACGACCUUGCCUCCCUUCACCCCGCCACUCCCCAUCCGCCACAUCCAAGCGGCUACGAGUUGCAUCCCGACAUGCAGAGGUCCGGCCGAAGAGCAAGGAUCAUGCGCAUUUCGCCCUGCGCCAUGACCGAGUCGAGGCAGUGAAUGGUCAGUCGACGCUAGGCUAGCCGACGGGUGGUGGUCGCAAGGCUACUGGGCCUGAGACAUGGUGACUUGGGAGUCUUUGAGGGGCACCAUCACCUGUUGGAGGGUGUGG